UACCAGCAUGCAUGAUUUGGAUUUCCAUCUUUAUACAUCCAGUCACUUAAAUUUUACGUACAACAUCUUGUGCAUGUUCAGGUGCUUGCUCCACAUGGCAUCACUUUGAAUUGUAAAAAUCAAAAUUAAACCCAACUUCCAGUUUCCAGAAGAAUGGUGCAGUUCAUGCUAUCCUGACCUCUCUCACGGUUCCUGCUUGAUGAUGUUCUUCCCUCCAUCACAAACUGAAGCAUGGUGCUGAAUACCCAUCCAGAGGUAGCCGUGUUUCAGAGGCAGAUGAAAUUAUUCCUGGCUCUGAGUUUGUAAAGCAUUUUGGGAUCCUCUAGAAUGGAAAGUGUUGUUGUUUGUUUGUCUGAGGCAGUAUUUUCACCACUUUUUCUUUCAAUUGCUCCUGUUAUACGUGUUGGUUUUCAUUAUAUCUUCAGAUAAGGCUCAUAUGAAAUGGGCUUCUGUUUUGUUUUCUCACCAGAGGAGUGAUUCAUAUUCAAAUUGAAACGCUGUAUUGCUCUAAGCCAACAUUCUCCCCAUGCUCUAAUGGGAGGAGAGGGAAAGACAGGCGUGGACCAAGCAGGAUUAUUUUUCUCCUACUGCAUUUAGAAACUUUCCAAAUGGCUUUUCAGGAAGACACGUGGACUUGCCUGGCAUGGGAGAAUCCCAGUCUUGUGUAUUUUAAGAAUAUCAGAUGAGCUGGAAUCUCCUCAGUUGUCUCUUUAGGAUGCAGACCCGUAUGCUUCUAGCAUUGUUCUCUAAAAACAAAAAAAAAAAUUUAUGAUCCCUUUUAAGUUGAAGAAUUUUUUUUUUUGUGGUCCUGUAUUUUCUCUUUAUUUGUAACACUAGUUUUAAGAAAAUUACUGGCACUGGUUUUGGAGCAAGUAGUCCACAGACACCUUCUGCAUCAUGGCCAAAGCCAUCAGCUCAUGGUCUCUGCUCCUGCCUGGUGCUUUCUCCAAGGGAGCUGGCUGCCAUCCACAGGAGAGGAAAACUGCACAGUGUAGCAGGUGUUUCUGUUCUGGUUAGAACUGGAUAGCCCGGUGCAAACUUCCUCAAGAAGCUUUACCACAGAGAGAAGAGAUGCUGAGAUUCCAGCUGGGGUCUUUUGUGUAUUCAGGGUUGUGUUGCUCUGUCACCUGCAGCUCAAAGUGAAUGUCAUUGUAGAUCUUGUGGAGCCUGGUGCCUCUCCAAUAAGCAUCAAACUGAGAUAAUAGUGUAUUUAAUGGAUAAAAUACAGGUGAAUAUUCUCACCUUAGUUAAAGUCACCUAACUGAGCCUACUCAAGGGGAUAUUUACCAUGUCUUAAACUUAAAACACAGCUCAGUCUGUUUCUUUUCUUGGUCCUUCCAAGCUGGGCUUGGAUAGGUGAAAUGAUCCUUCCCCAUUCACCCUUUUCAUUUUCACAGAGUUUGUGAAACUAUUGUUGCUGAGGUGCUCUCAGGUUUUGAGAUAAAUGAGGAGACAUUGACACUUUUAAAGUAGCACCUGAGGAGCUGCUGAGCCUUGGAGGAUCUGCUGCCUUGAAUGGAAUACUGGUGACUGUGUCCUCUGUGCUGCUGUGACAGUUCAGUUACACCAACAGACUGAGGGCAUUGCGAGGAUCAAAAAUGUUCUGCUCUUUUGUUGGCAUAAAAUAAAAAAUUAUGAGAGUUUUUCCAAGGAGGAAAAAAGAGAAGAGACUAUGACAGAUCUUCAUAGCUGAUGGUAGGUUCAUUCACCACAAGAGAGCUGGUUAGACAAAUGUGAGACCUUGGCUACACGUCACCUAAAUACUUUCUGACUUCAGAGCAUUUCAUCUGGAAUCACUUGCAAUUAGCAUGGGCUUGGCAGAAACUGGCACUGCUGCUGUUUGUGCAGAAACUGCUUGCACAGUCCAGUUGUGCCAGGGAGAAAACUGCUGUAAGCAAUUAGCACAGGGGUAGUCUUGAGGUGGUGUGUGUGCUGUGGCUGCUCUUAGAGCAGCUGAUGUCCUUGAUGGCACAGCAGCAACUCUACAACCAACAGCACAGCUGUCUGUCACCCAAACAUUAUGUUCUUUAACCUAUUUGUCAUCAUAGGCACACAUUUUUUAGGCAGCUGUUGGUGUCUGGGAGCUUUUAACAGCAUUGCUUGUGAGAACCUAGGCAUGCACAUGGUCCAGGGAGAUGAAACCAAGGCUCUGCUUUUCACAGUUGGCUUGGAUGAGGCAGUUUCCUCAGCUGGCUGUGGUCAGGCUGAGGUGGAGGACAACCUAUUGUAGGCUGAAAUGAUCCAGCUGGGAACAAUUGCCCAACUGACAAAAUAAAUUAUAUCUAAGUCUGUUAAAUUAAGUAAAUAAUGAAGACCACAGAGCACCUGCUGAUCCCCAUAACCUGUGUUGCUGGAGGUUGGGCAAAGCGUCUCCUGUUUGCCUGAUGGAGCCUAGGAGCUUGUGAGUGGGUGGCAUGGGAAACUGGGGACAACUGAGGAUUUGCACAGGGAUGCAGAGUUGCUCCUUGGGGCAGAGCAAGAUCUGUGUGAUUCUUGGCCCUUGAAUGAAGAAAGCAAGAUGCUGUGGACUUGUUGCAACCUGUGCAGUCUGCGAAUGUUUUCUUCUUGUCAGAUGCUGCUGUCGCAUAAGUUAUUUUAUUGCCAAAGGGCAGGGAAUGAAUUAGCGAAGUGGGAGAGAGGGCUGCGUGUUGUAGAAAUCAGUGCACCAAAUGUGCAAUUCUUUACUUUCUGCUUUUGCAGUGUUUAUUUGCCUAUAGGAUUUGGGGUGGCAGAAGGGUUGGUGGUGUAGGACGUACAUCUGUCUCAUCCAGGAGAAAGUGCGUGUUCAGAUGAGAAAGCAUUAUGCAUACAAUGCCUGAAAUCAGCCCUUAAAAUAGCACACUCCACAUCUUAGUAAUGUAUUGAAUAUAUCUGGAUAAGAAACAGUCUGAUUGAAGUAUUGAGCUUAUUGUAGUGUGUCUGCUGUGACUCAUCAGGAAAUUGAAAGUCUUGGGACAAAACUCACCCCCCCUUUUUGGGAGAGACGGGAAUUAGUCUUAGAUGGGAGGUAAUUAAUUGUUCUGUGACUGCUGUAAAUAGGUACUGAACAACAAGCUCAUACUGAAAUAUUUAUAUCCUAAGCCCUGUCUUGUGAGCCAGCUAUCCAGAGUCUCCAUCAGAUAGAGACAGUGAAAAAGAAAGUUCUUUGGAAUGAGCAGCACUUCCACCUACAUGCGUUUAAGCGAGACUGGUUGGAGGUGAGCUGGUAGGCUGCAUGCUGUAAUAAGCCAUUUACUAGGAUAAUGGCUGAUGGCUGUAGGCUACAAAUGCUGUUUCUACUUAGUCUGUCUAUUCAAUGCAAACAUUAAAAAAGAAAAAGCUCUCUCCCUCAGUAAAGUCUAUAAUACUCUUAAUACCCAGCGUACUCCAUGAAUAUUAACUCAGCCAAUGUCGUAACACCCUAUGGAGGCAGGUGAUGCAUGUGCAGCCUUUUUCAUCCACCAGAGAAACUGAGGCAGUGGGAAGGACUUUGGGCUUCUGACUGUGGCCUGAGGCAAUAGCCUGGUUUGAUGAGGUCCCUUGGAAGAGCCUGUCUGUACGUCUGACUGGGCUGCCUUGCUUCCAGAGCUGAACCAUGUCCCACCCGUCCUGGCUGCCACCCAAGAGCACCAACGAGCCUGUUGGUCACGUUACUGCAAGGAUGGAGACCACACACACCUUUGGGACUCCCAGCAUCUCCGUGUCCACCCAGCAGACGCCAAAGAAGUUUGCACCUGUGGUCGCCCCCAAACCAAAGUACAACCCAUACAAGCAAUCAGGAGGUGAUGGGGACUUUCUUCCUCCCCCACCCCCUCCUGUGGAUGACCUUGGGAACAUCACAUCAUCACAAGGUGCUUUUCCUCCCCCACCCCCUCUGGAUGAUGUUACUUACAAUGUACAGGUGAAUCCUGGUGGCAAGACACUAGAGGAGAGGCGGUCCAGUUUAGAUGCAGAAAUCGACUCUCUGACCAGCAUCCUAGCUGACCUAGAGAGCAGCUCCCCAUACAAACCUCGGACUCAACAGGCCUCGGGAACCUCAGGCAGUUCCGCUGCCACCACCCCAUCCGUGUCCACUCCUGUCACUGGCCACAAGCGGAUGAUCAUCCCCAACCAGCCUCCCCUCACCGCCACCAAGAAGUCCACUGCCAAGGGCCCAGGGCAGCCAGCGCCCAUCCCGGUCACUCCCGUUGGCACCCUGAAGCCGCAGCCGGUGCCGGCCUCCUACGCCACGGCCUCCACGCCGAGCCGCCCGGCCUUCAACGUGCAGGUGAGGACGGCGCAGCCCAGCCCGCACUACCAGCCGCCCAGCCCGCAGCCCGGGCACUAUGGCAGCCUGGGGCCCGGCCAGCCCUACGGCACCGCGCCGUCCCGCCAGCCUGCCGCCCCUCAGUACGGAGCGCCGCAGCCCCACGGGCCCAGCUACGGCUAUGCCCCUCCGCCCGGCCGGCCCGCCGAGCCCACCUAUGGCUACGCACCGCCACAGGGCCGCUACCAGGAGCCCUACUACGGGGGCUAUGGCGGCAGGAACGGCUCCGAAGCGCCCUACGUGCCGCAGAGCUCCUGGAAGGCCGAGCCGGCCUAUCCUGCCAGUAAUGCCAUGGGCCAGGCUCCCCCUGGGCUCUACCAGCCACCAGCCACGAAGAAGACCUACAUCACUGACCCCGUGCUGGCCCCACAGCCGCCCGCCCUGCAGCAGAAGAGUGGGUAUCCAAGCUCUGGACCUGCAUCAAGCACUCCUGCCUUCAGGCCUGAGGAUGAGCUGGAACAUCUGACCAAGAAAAUGCUGUAUGACAUGGAGAAUCCUCCCUCUGAUGACUACUUUGGACGCUGUGCCCGCUGCGGGGAGAAUGUUGUUGGAGAAGGCACCGGUUGCACAGCCAUGGACCAAGUCUUCCACGUGGAGUGUUUCACCUGCAUAAUGUGCAACAACAAGCUGAGGGGACAGCCUUUCUAUGCCGUGGAGAAGAAAGCCUACUGUGAACCCUGCUACAUUAAUACACUGGAGCAGUGCAGUGUCUGUGCAAAGCCCAUCAUGGAGAGGAUCCUGCGAGCCACUGGGAAGGCUUACCACCCCCACUGCUUCACCUGUGUGAUGUGCCAUCGCAGCCUGGAUGGGAUCCCCUUCACUGUGGAUGCUGGUGGCAACAUCCACUGCAUCGAGGAUUUCCAUAAGAAAUUUGCCCCGAGGUGUUCUGUGUGUAAGGAGCCCAUCAUGCCAGCCCCAGGACAAGAGGAGACCGUGCGCAUUGUUGCCCUGGAUCGCGAUUUCCAUGUGCAGUGCUACCGCUGCGAGGACUGUGGUGGCCUGCUGUCUGAAGGGGACAAUCAGGGCUGUUACCCUCUGGAUGGGCACAUCCUGUGCAAGACCUGCAACUCUGCUCGGAUCCAGGCUCUGACUGCCAAGGCCAGCACUGACCUCUGAGUAUCAACUGUGACCCUCCCCAGGAUGCCCAUUGGGAUUUAUUGCACAAGCUUUGCAUGAUUUCUUUCCAGCUUAGGGUCUGAAUCUCUGUUAUUGAAAAAAAAAAGAAAACAAAAAAAAAGAAAACAAAAAAAAAAGUAAAACUGGAAGGCCUUGGAACAAGAGGGCUGUUUGAGAGGCCAUGUUCAGACUGCCUAUGACAGGCACCUAAUUUAGACACAACUGUUCAGGAGGGCAGUGAGUGAGUCAGAGCAGCUGGUGGAGUUAAGAGUCACAGCACCUAGGUUAUCUGCCUGUAGAAGGAGGUCUGAACAUGGUACUUACUAUGCUUCUGUGUUUGAUUCCUGUUUCUUAAGUACAUUAAGGUAGAGGGUGAAAGAUGGCUGAGGUAGUUAAUUUCUCCCAAGUUAUUUUGAGAACUUGACCAGCUCUCAUUGAAGUCAUGGGACUUCAAUGUCUGCUGGUGACUUCAAUAAGAUCUGUGUCACCACUAGAAGUAGUUCCACUGUGCUAGAAGGUGUGAGAGCAGACCAAGCAUUAACACAAACAAUGCAACUGCAACUGUUCUGCACCUGAGUGUAGGUGUGAUCUUGUAUCUCUGGGACACAGAUUGGUUAUUUCUUAGGCCCUUCCUUGUCUCCACUCCCUUCCAGUUCAAUAGGAUUUUUUUUUUACUCAUGAAAAUCUACUUAGCUAUUGCAUAAAUUUAUUCAGUAGUGAUGCUUCCAAUUCACAAUGUAUGAGUAAUCACAGAAAGAUGUGAGCUUGCACACACUGUACACUACACACACACUGUACACUACACACACACAGCAUGCUUUUGAUUUACCAGGGGCAUAAACCAGUCAUGUCCAUUGAGAAAAUCUUUAAGGGAUGUGGUGCUGGAAACACAUUUCUGAAAUCCCAGUGGUUAAAAAAAGAUUAAAAUGACUACAUAAACUUCAGUGCAAAGCGAUGCUCAAAAAAAUCUUACACCACUCUCUCAUACAGCCCAUUCUGGUGGGACCACUGGCAGUGUUGGUCUCUGGGGAGACAUCGAAGCAAUAAAGUCUUGUUACAUCUCCAGUUAUUGCAAUGGGAGGAUUUUCCUUCUACAGUAACAGGGAUUGAAUCGAGCUUUGGGAUGAUACAUAUUUCUCUGAUGUUAACACAUGUGAUCUGUAUUUUUCAAUUUAAAAAAUCAGAUCUUGUUUCAACAACAGCAAAAAAUAUCAUCCUAAGUACAUGUUCAGUUUUCAUCCUAAGAAAACUGAAGAAGGUAUUAAGCCCUUCACUAUGCCAUUCCAGAAAGCAGGCAAUUUUUUUCCUUUCCCAUUUUCAUUCCAGCCACUUAUAACUUGCUUCUGGUGAAAUUCAUGAGAGUAGAGUGCUGGGCCAGCAGCAGCAUUUUCAUCUUCAGUCCAGAAUUAAUAUAUAUGCCAAGGUAAAUAAAACUUGGGCAUAGAUAAUCCUUUUUUCCCAUGAUCGUGGGUUUAGAGAGCUUUUGGGUUUUUUUAGUUUGGUUAAUUAAAAACAAA